CAAGAGCGGGUCACACGGCAGUUCUUAUCGACAAUAAGAUUUAUUUCCACGGUGGAGUCUCGGAUUCAGGUUAUAUAUAUUCAGACCUAUUUUAUCUUGAUGUUUCAAAUCCUUUCAACGUAUCUGACAUAUCGUCGAUGCCUUGGAGUGAUCCUACAUCGAUUCCCGCUUUCACAGCAAGGUCAUAUGGUGCAGCUUGUGCCGGAAGUAUUACGAGUAAAUCGAUAUUUUUCAUUGGCGGAACAUUAAGUUCCGGACAUUUUGUUGAUGAAUUUAACACCACAACGUUACGAUGGAAUUUCCCACUAGUUUCUGGGGAGAGUGUACCACAAAACAGAUCUCAAAUUCAGUGUGUGGUUUUAAAAGAUGCGAUUUAUGUGUAUAGUGGAAAUAUUGAGAAUGAUAUGAUUAAGUUAAAUACAACAAGUCUGACUUGGUCAGUGGAAGAUGAAAUAAAUCCACCCGCCGCGUAUGGCGGAUACACAGCAACAUUAUUACCAAAUGGAAAUAUCGUGUAUUUGCGUGGAUUUUAUGUUGCUAAUUUUACUCUUCCCGGUUUGGAUCAGAUAUUAGUGUAUAAUACGAAUAAUAAUUCAUGGAGCACAAUCACCGCUACAGGAUCAAUACCACAUCCAAGAAAUGGCCACACGGCAAUUCUUCUAGUACAAUAUGAUCAAAUUUUAGUUGUUAACGGACUAAUAACUACUACCGUCAGCGCGUUAAACAUUGUAAAUUAUGUGUGGUCAGACAUUCCAAUAUCUACUGAUGUGGGUGCCCCUUCACCUUCUUAUACCAUCGUGUUUCAAACUUCAACGCUCAUUGGAAACUAUAUUUUUGUUGCGCUCGGGUAUAAUUUGGAUAGACGUAUAUCGACAAAUAAUAUUUUUCUUCUUGAUGUAAGUAAAAAAAAUAAUUACAAGUGGGUUAAAACAUAUUAUCCCCCAGGCUAUGUGUCGCCAAAUGUUACCACAACUCCGAACUCGGAAGCUACAAACAAUAUUGGAGUAAUAAUUGGUGGGACAAUUGGUGGAAUUGUUGGACUUGUAGUUGUAGUUAUCAUAGUUCUUGUUAUAAGAAAAAAGUAUUGUUUUUCCGCCUCCGAUUCCCAAGGAAUAACAAAUCACCAACCAUAUCAAGGUGGAAUGACAAAUUAUCAACAAUACCAAGACGGAACAACUAAUCAUCAACCGUACCAAGGUUGGAGAACAAACCGUCAACUAUAUCAGGAUGGAACAACAAAUCACCAGCCGAUGUUUUGA